UAACAGUGUAGAUUUUAUAGACAACUUAUGAUACAGGAAGGGAGGCUAUGUACAUUAGGAGACAGCCCCUCCUCCUCGAGAACGGUAGGGGCCCCUACGAUGUCUAUGCGGGUUCCUACCUGAUCCUCGCCGUCUGCCGUUCACUCGCAUCGGGCUGUACACGCUGGUGUUUGGCUCGAAACAGAGCUUUCGGCCCUACACGUUGGUGUUGGGGUCGUACAUCCGACAUUGGGUUAGAGAGGUCGGCGUUGGUCGUACACACUGGCGUUGGGCUCAAAAUGUCAGUGUUCGGUUGUAUAUGCUGGUAA